AUGAAUGAAACUAUUAAAGUUUUAUCGAGUUUCGGGGUAUUCAUCAAUGAAGUCGGAAACGAUAUCGCACAAAAAGCAUUUGAGGUAGCUAUAGGAUAUAUCAAAAAGAAUCCAAAUUUAGGAUUGAGUGUGGAAUAUACGUUAGUUGAAGGCAAUCGAACAGACAGCAAAGGACUACUGGAAUCGAUAUGUACGACAUAUGCAGCAAAUCUACAAGAAAACAAGAAGCCUCACGUAAUCUUCGACACAACAAAGACAGGUGUAUCAUCGGAAACUGUUAAGUCACUCUCAGCAGCACUUGGUAUACCAACAAUAAGUGCGUCGUAUGGCCAAGAUGGUGAUUUGAGGCAAUGGCGUGAAUUAUCAGAGAAGAAGAAAGCUUAUUUGCUACAAGUUAAUCCACCUGCUGAUUUACUGACAGAAGUCGUCCGAUCUAUUGUCAUUUACAUGAACAUUACAAAUGCUGCUAUCCUUUAUGAUAACUCAUUUGUUGUGGACCACAAGUACAAAGCAUUAUUACAAAAUAUUCCUACUCGACAUGUUAUUACGGCCGUUGCAGCAAACAAACAAGCAAUUUCAGAGCAAAUUACAAAGCUUAGGAAUUUGGAUAUCAACAACUAUUUUAUUUUGGGAAAGAUUGAGUCAGUUAAGUUGGUGCUUGAAUCAGCAAAAAAGGAAUAUUUCGAGCGUAAUUUUGCAUGGCACGCAAUCACAGAAGCAAAGCAAGAUUUAACAGCAGCGAUAGAAAAUGCAACAGUCAUGUUUAUUCGUCCGUCACCCGAUGGAAAGUCAAAAGAUCGAUUGGGUACAAUGCGAACAACAUAUAAUUUAAAAUAUGAACCUGAAAUUGAGUCAGCAUUUUAUUUUGACUUGGCAGUGAGGACAUUCUUGUCGGUAAAACAGAUAUUACAAGUCGGUGCUUGGCCUCCGAACAUGAAGUAUUUAACAUGCGAUGAAUUUGAUGGCACAAACUCACCCGAACACACAAUUGAUUUGAAGUCAUAUUUUGUCGAGUCAACGGAACUGCCAACAUAUGCGCCAUUUGAAUUUGGCAAAGGCAAUGUUCCAUUCAAUGGCUACAGUUUUAUGAAAUUCGAGGCAGAUAUUAAUGCAGUGACAAUUCGCGGUGGUGCAUCUGUGAGCACAAAAUUGCUUGGCACAUGGACAGCUGGUCUCAAUAAUGAAUUGAAAAUAGCAGCAAUUGAAGAAAUGAGAAACAUGACAGCGGAUAUUGUGUAUCGAGUAUAUACAGUCGUACAACCGCCAUUUAUUAUACGUGAUGAGUCAGCACCGAAAGGGUUUCGUGGCUACUGUAUCGACCUCAUCGAUGCAAUCGCAGAAAUUGUCAAAUUUGACUAUGAGAUAAAAGAAGUUGAGGACCAAAAGUUUGGCAGUAUGAACGAGAAAGGAGAAUGGAAUGGUGUUGUACGUAAAUUAAUUGAUAAACAGGCAGAUAUUGGACUCGGCUCGAUGUCAGUAAUGGCUGAACGUGAGACUGUAAUUGAUUUCACUGUGCCGUACUAUGAUCUUGUGGGAAUUACGAUUAUGAUGGUUCUGCCCAGCUCACCGAGUUCAUUGUUCAAGUUCUUAACUGUCUUGGAAACAAAUGUAUGGCUCUGUAUCCUUGCUGCUUAUUUUUUCACAAGACUCGUUGCAGCAACAUGGUGGCUUUUCGGUUUCAUCAUUAUUGCGAGUUACACAGCUAACUUGGCUGCUUUCUUGACAGUCUCACGUUUGGAUACGCCCAUAGAGUCGUUGGAUGACUUGGCAAAACAAUAUAAAGUCCUCUACGCGCCAAUAAACGGCAGUUCAGCGAUGACUUAUUUCGAAAGAAUGGCUGAUAUUGAGCGUCGGUUCUAUGAGAUAUGGAAGGAUAUGUCAUUAAACGAUUCAUUAUCACCAGUUGAGAGGAGUAAGUUGGCAGUUUGGGAUUAUCCCGUCAGUGACAAGUACACAAAAAUGUGGCAAGCAAUGCGAGAAGCUGGCUUACCAAAUACACUAGAGGAAGCUGUCGCACGUGUUAGAAAUUCAACAAAUUCUGCUGGUUUUGCAUUCUUGGGAGAUGCCACUGACAUCCGAUAUCAAGUCUUGACAAGUUGUGACUUACAGAUGGUUGGAGAAGAAUUUUCAAGAAAACCGUACGCAUUGGCAGUUCAGCAAGGCUCACCGUUAAAGGAUCAAUUUAAUAAUGCCAUCCUUCAACUCCUCAACAAGCGACAAUUGGAAAAGUUUAAAGAACGUUGGUGGAAGAAGGAUGACAUUUCAGCAAAAUGCGAGAAACCAGAGGAUCAAUCAGACGGUAUAUCCAUCCAAAAUAUUGGUGGUGUAUUUAUUGUAAUCUUCGUUGGUAUUGGCAUGGCAUGCAUCACAUUGGCAUUCGAGUUCUGGUACUAUAAGCUACGUAAAACACCUAAAAUUGUCUCAAACGAUGAAUACAACAAGUUCUCAAAGUCAGGUGACAUGGCAACCAUGAAAAAUAAUAUUAGUUUUGGUUCCGGUGGAUUAAUUGAUCCACCUGGAAAUAAUUUAAAGUCACGACAUCCACCAGCCAAUAAUUUUCGUGCUAGAUUUUAAAUUUGUUGAAUUUUGCAUAUUUUGUUAUUAGAUGUCAACUUAAAGUGACAUUGAGGGUAUUAGAUUGUGAUGGGAAUUUGACUCAGUUGAGAUGGAGAGGAAAAAAAUUGUAAAUUGAUGAGAUAUUUUCAUUAAUCUUGUUCCUACUGAGUGGAUUUCUUAUAAAUUGAUUGGAUAUUGCUGUUAAGUUAUGAAUUGAU